GUUCGACAGCGCGGACAGUCAUCAGCUGGGACAAAGCCAAACCUGACCCGAACCACAAGAGCGAAGCCGGUAGCCAUUUCUGCGGCGUUGCUCAGGCACCAAACACGCGCCGCCAACUAGUCACCGGAGCCAGGAUCCUCGGAAUCGGUUUCCGGGGGAAGGAGGCACCGCUGUUCGCUCUUCUGCCCUUCGUCACCAACAGUCCUCUGCGCUUGACGCAACAAACCUUUUACCAACUUCAACCACACCGACCGACACUCUCGCACCGCGCUCGUCCCACCAACUCGAGCACCCACAACACAUUCACAUCGACAGCAUGGCCUUGAAGCGCAUAAACAAGGAGCUGACGGACUUGGGCCGUGACCCUCCCUCAUCAUGCAGCGCAGGACCUAUCGGUGACGACCUGUUCCACUGGCAAGCGACCAUCAUGGGCCCCGGCGACUCACCAUACUCGGGCGGUGUCUUUUUCCUCGCUAUCCACUUCCCAACAGACUACCCAUUCAAGCCACCGAAGGUCAACUUCACGACCCGCAUCUACCACCCGAACAUCAACAGCAAUGGCAGCAUCUGUUUGGACAUUCUGAGGGAUCAGUGGAGCCCCGCUCUCACUAUCAGUAAAGUGCUGCUAUCCAUCUGCUCCAUGCUCACAGACCCGAACCCAGACGACCCGCUGGUGCCUGAAAUCGCACACGUCUACAAGACCGACCGCUCUCGCUACGAGGCCACCGCCAGAGAGUGGACUAGGAAGUACGCUAUCUAGAGCAGCGGAUCGACACAUGGAAUAGACGCGGAUUGCACGAUGAUGGACGGCCGGCCAACCUGGGAGGCCAUCGAGGAUCUCGAGGUGGCAUGGCAUGACUGCUGCUUUUUCACAUACCAUCAUGUACAUGGUCAUGGUUGGCUUGCUUUCGCUUGCCAAGGAGGCUGGCGAUACGACACGAAUUCGGGCGCGGACGUAGUUUAGGCGGCAUUAUGCCAUGCGACAAUGGCAGUGCUUGACGACUUGCAUCACGAGGUUACUUUUAGGAAAUUCCUGUCUCACACAUGGUUCGUGCGUUAGGGAGCUGAAAUGCUAUUACUGGGUGU